CGACGACAGCCGCCGGCCCACCGCCAAGCCACAACAAUACGACGUCGUUUGGGAUCGGCUCUCGUCGUUUGGGGCCUCAGAUGCAUUCGUUCCUGCGCGCCUUCACGUCGUUACAGCUACAGGUCCCGCCACCAUCUUCGCCAUCCCACCACCACUCCUCCUACCUUUUCGGUUUUCACCUUAUUUUACUCUCUCUCCCUGCUGUCAUAUAUAUAUAUGCACAUAAAGAUUCUUCCUUUCCUUUCCUUGCUUCCUUCCAUCCAUUUCCAAGCACAACCAUUUUAACAUUAAACCGAGGUCAAACUCCUCACUGCCUCUCUCUCUCUCUCUCCCUCCCUCUAUCUCUCUCCAGCUUCCAUUAGCUUUGUGGGUAAUUCGGUUCACUGUGAUCGAGGAACUGCUCUUUCGGCCUCUGGCUCUGUGGUGCCUAUUGAUACAGUCUGAUUCGGCCCCUGUUUUAAAUGCUAGCAGUCUGAGUGUCUGAGGCUUGGGUUCUCUCAACCCGACGAAAAGGAACCAACUUUCGGAUGAUAAAAAGGUUUAACGAACUGGGUUCUAGUUGAAACUUGAGAAAGAAAAACAGACGAGGAUGAGUAGCCGAGCCAGUACAACUCGGCAUUCCGCCAUGAAAGCUCCUCCUCAGGCCAAGCUUGGAAAGGGGCGCUAUUCCAUCAAUGGAACUAACAAUGCAACCAAAUCCCGCAGAGCUUCCCCAAGAAGAGACAAGAAAAUGGCUCUCCAGCAAGAUGUUGAUAAACUGAAGAAGAAGCUGAGAUACGAAGAGAAUGUGCACAGAGCUCUGGAGAGAGCUUUCAAUAGACCCAUGGGAGCUCUGCCUCGCCUCCCUCCUUAUCUUCCCUCUGCCACGCUGGAGCUUCUAGCAGAAGUUGCCGUCUUAGAAGAGGAAGUAGUACGGUUAGAAGAACAAGUAGUGCAUUUCAGGCAGGACUUAUACCAGGAAGCUGUCAACAUUUCCAGCUCCAAGAGGAACCUUCGAGAAAAUUCCUCUACAGACUCCUACCAUUCAAUCCCGCCUAAGAACGAGCAGCAGCAGAAACAGCAGGGCAAAGGGAAUGAAAUGGGCUGUCGUUCUUCCAAUUCAGCAUUGAAAAAAGGGAGGGGCUCAUCAUCAUCAGCUCAGAAUGCCCACUCUACGGUCCGAACGCCAGUUAAAAGAGGUGUAAUUGAUCAUAAACAGGAGAAGCGCUUGGGUCCUCAGAAGUUGAAGCUGGUGGAUGACAACCCAAACACAGUAUCGGAGGACAUCGUGAAGUGCUUGUCGAGCAUUUUCGCGAGGUUGAGCACGACGAAGAAGAACCACAACAGCAGUGAGUAUGAUCCUUAUGGGAUAUGGGCAGAUUUUGGAAGGAGAGAUGUUGGUCAGUACAAGCAUUUGUGUGCAAUUGAAGCUGACACCAUCAAUCCCAACAGAACAUCCAACUCUUUGUUUCUACUCCAUAGACUAAAGCUUCUGCUUGGUAAACUUGGUGCUGUCAAGUUGGAUAAGUUAACCCAUCAAGAGAAACUUGCAUUCUGGAUCAACAUCUACAACUCCUGCAUGAUGAAUGCAUUUCUGGAGUGUGGUAUACCAGAAAGCCCUGAGAUGGUUGUUACAGUAAUGAGAGAGGCAACAAUCAAUGUUGGAGGACACCUGCUAAGUGCAAUAACCAUUGAACACUUCAUUCUCAGAUUGCCUUACCACUCCAAAUAUGCAUUAUCGAAAGGGUCGAAGAACGAUGAGAUGACAGCAAGGAGCAAAUUCGGGUUGGAGUUAUCCGAACCUUUGGUGACAUUUGCUCUCUCUUGUGGAAGUUGGUCUUCUCCUGCUGUGAGAGUGUACACAGCAGCACAAGUCGAGAAUGAGCUCGAGGCGGCAAAGAAAGAGUACUUGCAGGCAGCAAUUGGGAUUUCAGCUAGCAAGUUUGCUAUCCCAAAGCUGUUGGAUUGGUAUUUGCUGGACUUUGCAAAAGACUUGGACUCAUUGCUGGACUGGAUUUGCCUGCAGCUACCAAGUGAACUUGGGAAAGAAGCAAUGAAGUCCCUUGACAGAGGUACCAAAACUCAGCCAAGUACACAAAUCAUCCAGGUCAUGCCAUAUGAGUUCAGUUUUAGGUACCUUCUGUACAUACCAUAGUUAAUUCUCUUCAGUGGAAUUCCGUAGAAGCCUUUAAGUCUCAUUUUUGUACACAUCAAUAGGGUAAAAAUAGAUGUAGAAUUUAAGUUUGUAUAAUUUCUCAUCUCUGUAAGUAAGGAGUCAUAAAAAAGAAUGAAAAGCAGUGAAAGAAAAGUUCAAUAUUUUCCCUCCCUCCCUCUCUCUCUCUGAAGGGUCUUUGCAGAAUCAUAAAAAAGGGUAUUUUCAGAACAUCCAAAAGGUUGCAUGAUUUAGGUAAUACUUAGUGAGCAGAGAAUUUACAAAGAUUGGAACUUUGUGUGUUAAAGCAUUCUUUAUUUGCAAGCAGACAUUCUAUUGGACUCAGCAACCAGAAGGAUGAAGCUGUCACUGAAUGAAAUGUGGUUGGAUUUUAUUAAUGAUUAAGACAAGUGGGAUUGGCAGUGAAAAACUACAGCCACUAUGGUCCAAACUAUUUGACUUACCAGACUUUCUUUUUCCAUUCUACACUAAAGAACAUUAUUAGUUGAGAAUAACAGCAGGUGAUAAAGCUGAGAGCUUCUCUGUAUGGAAUGUUAAUCAAUAGUU